ACUCUUCUCUCUCAUCCCAUUUUUCUUCUCUCUCUAACCACCAAAACCCACUUUCUCUCUCCCUCUCUACCAAAAACCAGAGCUACUGAGCUCUCUUUCUCCCUCUCUAAUGGCGGAAUUCAAACCCUAAACUGUUCUUCACCUUCUCUGUUUUCUUGUUAACAUAAAAACAAUGAUACCCUUUUUUCUCAGGCUCUGUUUCUUCUUCCUUCUUCUUCUUCUUCUUCUUCUUUCCUUCUCUGCUUCCUCUGCAACUUCUUCUUCUUCCUCUCAUGGAGACACCCAGAAGCUUAUUUCCUUCAAAUCUUCACUUCCAAGCCCAGCCCUGCUUCAAAACUGGCUCUCCAAUGCCGACCCAUGUUCCUUUUCUGGUAUUACUUGUAAGGAAACCAGAGUUUCUGCCAUAGACUUGAGCUUUUUGUCUUUGAGCUCUAAUUUCAGCCAUGUUUUCUCCUUGCUUGCGGCGCUCGACCAUUUGGAAUCGCUUUCUCUCAAAUCCACUAACCUUACUGGCUCCAUUUCUUUGCCCUCUGGAUUCAAGUGUAGCCCUCUGCUUUCCUCUGUAGAUCUGUCCGUCAAUGGCUUAUUUGGGUCUGUUUCUGAUGUUUCUAACUUGGGAUUUUGCGCCAAUCUCAAGUCGCUUAAUCUGUCCUUUAACUAUUUUGAUUUUCCACUUAAAGACUCUGUCCCACGAUUCAACCUCGAUUUGCAGGUCCUCGAUCUUUCUUCCAACCGGAUUGUUGGGUCGAAAUUAGUUCCAUGGAUUUUCUCUGGUGGGUGUGGUAAUUUGCAGCUCUUGGCAUUGAAGGCCAACAAAAUUAGCGGUGAGAUUAAUCUCUCGUCGUGUAAUAAACUCGAGCAUUUGGAUAUCUCCGGCAACAAUUUCUCUGUGGGUAUUCCGUCCUUAGGCGAUUGCUCUGUUUUGGAGCAUUUGGAUAUCUCCGGCAACAAGUUCACCGGCGACGUCGGACAUGCUCUGUCGUCUUGUCUGCAACUCACCUUUCUGAAUCUCUCCAGCAACCAGUUUGUGGGUCCAAUCCCUUCGUUUGCAUCUCCCAAUUUGUGGUUCCUUUCGCUUGCUAACAACGAUUUCCAGGGGGAGAUUCCUGUAAGUAUUGCAGAUUUAUGUUCUAGUUUGGUGCAGCUCGAUCUUUCUUCUAAUAGUUUGAUUGGGUCUUUACCUUCUGCUAUGGGGUCUUGUUCUUCGUUGGAAACAUUGGACAUUUCGAAAAACAACCUCUCUGGUGAGCUCCCCAUCGCCGUUUUUGCCAAAAUGAGUAGUCUCAAGAAACUCUCUGUUUCCGACAACAAGUUCUUCGGGGUUUUGUCGGAUUCUCUUUCUCAUCUCUCCACUUUGAAUUCUUUGGAUCUGAGUUCUAAUAACUUUUCUGGGUCGAUUCCGGCGGGGCUCUGCGAAGACCCUAACAACAGUUUGAAAGAAUUGUUUCUCCAGAACAAUUGGUUAACAGGUCAAAUCCCUGCAAGUAUUAGCAAUUGUUCUCAGCUGGUUUCUCUCGAUUUGAGCUUCAACUUUCUGAGUGGGACGAUCCCUUCCAGCUUGGGAUCACUGUCUAAGCUCAAGAACUUGAUCAUGUGGUUGAAUCAGCUGGAGGGGGAGAUCCCAUCCGAUUUCAGCAACUUUCAGGGGCUUGAGAAUCUGAUCCUGGAUUUCAAUGAGCUCACUGGCACAAUCCCUUCAGGGUUAAGCAACUGCACCAACUUGAACUGGAUUUCGUUGUCGAAUAACCGGUUGAGCGGAGAGAUUCCAGCCUGGAUCGGCCGCCUCCCGAGCCUCGCCAUCCUUAAACUCAGCAACAACUCGUUCUAUGGUCGGAUUCCUCCGGAGCUGGGCGAUUGUCGGAGCUUGAUCUGGCUUGACCUGAAUACCAAUUUGUUGAAUGGAACAAUACCUCCCGAGUUGUUUCGUCAAUCAGGUAACAUUGCUGUUAACUUCAUUACAGGGAAGUCUUAUGCUUACAUUAAGAACGAUGGUAGCAAGCAGUGCCAUGGCGCUGGAAAUUUGCUCGAGUUUGCUGGAAUUAGACAAGAACAAGUGAACAGGAUUUCAAGCAAGAGUCCCUGCAAUUUCACCAGAGUUUAUAAAGGAAUGACUCAGCCAACCUUUAACCAUAAUGGCUCCAUGAUUUUUCUUGAUCUUUCCCAUAAUAUGUUGUCUGGUAGUAUCCCUAAGGAGAUUGGUUCUACAAAUUAUCUAUACAUUUUGGAUUUGGGACAUAACAGUCUCUCGGGACCGAUCCCGCAGGAGGUCGGUGGCUUGACGAAACUCAACAUUCUUGAUCUAUCAAGCAAUGAGCUUGAAGGAUCAAUUCCUUUGUCUUUGACAGGACUUUCCUCCCUCAUGGAGAUUGAUCUGUCCAACAAUCAUCUCAAUGGUUCGAUACCCGAAUCAGCUCAGUUCGAAACGUUCCCAGCGUCGGGAUUUGCGAAUAAUUCUGGCCUAUGUGGGUAUCCUCUCCCUUCAUGUGGGGUUGAUUCAGGAGCAAGUGCAAAUUCUCAGCAUCAAAGAUCUCAUAGGAAACAGGCAUCCCUUGCAGGGAGUGUUGCAAUGGGGCUACUCUUCUCGCUUUUCUGUAUUUUCGGACUGAUUAUUGUCGUUGUCGAGACGAGGAAGCGAAGGAAAAAGAAGGAUUCUACUCUUGAUACUUACGUCGAGAGUCAUUCACCUCCAGGCACGACGACCACGGUUAACUGGAAGUUAACCGGUGCUCGUGAAGCAUCGAGUAUUAGUCUUGCAACAUUUGAGAAGCCACUUCGGAAGCUUACAUUUGCUGAUCUCCUCAAGGCUACGAAUGGCUUCCACAACGAUAGCCUGAUUGGUUCGGGGGGUUUCGGCGACGUAUAUAAGGCUCGAUUGAAGGAUGGAAGCACUGUCGCGAUCAAGAAGCUGAUUCAUGUCAGUGGACAGGGUGAUCGUGAGUUCACUGCAGAAAUGGAAACCAUUGGCAAAAUCAAACACCGAAACCUGGUACCGCUUCUGGGCUACUGCAAGGUUGGAGAAGAACGGCUGCUCGUGUACGAGUACAUGAAAUACGGAAGCUUAGAAGACGUUUUACACGACAAGAAGAAGGGUGGAAUCAAACUGAAUUGGGCAGCAAGAAGGAAGAUUGCCAUUGGAGCUGCAAGGGGACUGGCUUUCCUUCACCACAAUUGCCUACCUCACAUCAUUCACAGGGACAUGAAAUCAAGCAAUGUGUUGCUGGACGAGAACUUAGAAGCCAGAGUCUCAGAUUUUGGAAUGGCUAGACUAAUGAGUGCCAUGGACACCCAUUUGAGUGUCAGCACAUUAGCCGGAACGCCCGGUUACGUCCCUCCCGAAUAUUACCAGAGCUUCCGGUGUUCUACAAAAGGCGACGUUUACAGUUACGGUGUCGUCAUGCUCGAGCUCUUAACAGGAAAGCGACCCACAGACUCUGCUGAUUUCGGUGACAACAAUCUCGUCGGAUGGGUAAAACAACACGCCAAAUUGGACCUAACCGAUGUGUUCGAUCGCGAACUCAUAAAGGAAGAUCCAAGCUUAAAGAUAGAGCUUUUAGAACACUUGAAGGUAGCUGUUGCGUGCUUAGACGAUAGGUCGUGGCGGCGUCCAACGAUGAUCCAAGUAAUGACAAUGUUCAAGGAAAUCCAAGCAGGGUCGGGGAUGAUGGAUUCCCAAUCCACAAUCGGAACCGAAAACGGAGGAUUCACCGUCGACAUCGUAGACAUGAGCUUAAAGGAAGUACCAGAACCAGAAGGCAAGUAAGCAACAGAGAAGAAGGGAAGACAAUUCUUUUGGAGGGAAAGAAAGGGUUAAUUUGAAUGUAUGUAAUCUUUCUUAUUUUUAUACAUAAAAGUUGUUUUAAACAUUUUCAUAAAAAUGUGUAUAUAAACAGUUUCUUUUAGUUAUGCUUUCUUUUUUGGUUGU